AUGCAGUUAACCUUGUUAAAGAAUUACUAUCUUUAUCUAAUGGCUCCACUCACUUCCUUCUUUGCUACUGCCUUCCCUCUGAGACGCCAGCUCACUCCUGCAGCUUCCAGCACUCCUACAGUCUCCAGCUCACCCCAACAGCUUCCAGCGGCCUCCAGCUCACCCCUGCGGCGCUCUACUGACGUCCCGCUACCUAUUCCAGCACCCACUGACGUCCAGCUCCCGUUAAUGUCCGGACACCGUUCCCGAACAAACGACCUCUGUCGUCUUACCAUCCACCGUUCACAAAUAAAGACUCGAUUUCCAUCGUCUACAACGGACCAUCUGCAUUUGUCAUCCUUCUUUGCUAUUGCCAACUCCUUGCCUUUUCUACCCAAGGACGAACUGACUACACCAGCACUGUCCGCGUCGUUCCUCUCUCUCCUCAAGCGCCGACGCGCUCUUUACUCAAGGACAGACAUCCAGGGAUCGACUGGACCUCGAACACCGCUGUUCCAUCGGCCUACCUCCAAGCUGUCGCCUUGA